UGGUGUGUUUGGACACACAGACACGCAGACGCACAGACAGGCAGACGCACAGGGCUCAGGGCCCUCAUAUGGACCCUGCCCCCUCCUCUCCCACCAUCCAGGGCAGUCUGCGCACCCUAAUUCUCCAGGCUUCAGCCCGUUUCUUAGCCUGGGAUCUGCACAGCGUUGAGGGACCCAGGAGCCAACCUUGAGACCUUCAGCAAGUAAAAGGGGAAGAAAGGUCCAGCCAGCCCUACCAUGACAAAGGAGUAUCAAGACCUUCAGCACCUGGACAACGAGGAGAAUGACCAUCAGCACAGAAAACGUGAGGGGACGACCUCCCCCAUUUCUGAAAGGCGAGCAUUAGGGCCGCCUCCUCCUAAAUCAUUCUUUCGGCGUCUCUGCUCCGGACGCAGCCUCCUCCUGAUCUCCGUUGGCCUUAGCCUCCUCCUGCUGGUGGUUGUCUGUCUGAUCGGAUCCCAGAACUCCAAGCUGCAGGAGGAGCUGCGGGGUCUGCGAGAAACGUUCAGCAACCUCACUGUGAGCACGGAGGCCAAGGUCAAGGCCCUGAGCGUCCAGGGAGGAAAUGUGGGCAGAAAGAUGAAGUUCCUGGAGUCCCAGCUGGAGAAACAGCAGCAGGACCUGAAUGAAGAUCACUCCAGCUUGCUGCUCCAAGUGAAGCAGUUUGUGUCUGACCUGCGAAGCCUGAGCUGUCAGAUGGCCGUCCUCCAGGGCAACGGCUCUGAAAGGAACUGCUGCCCGGUGAACUGGAUGGACUACGAAGGCAGCUGCUACUGGUUCUCCCACUCGGGGAAGCCCUGGCCUGAGGCUGAGAAGUACUGCCAGCUGGAGAACGCCCACCUGGUGGUGGUGGGCUCCUGGGAGGAGCAGAAAUUUAUCCAGCACCACAUGGGCCCUGCGAACACCUGGAUGGGCCUCACUGACCAAAACGGGCCCUGGAAAUGGGUGGACGGGACGGACUACGAGUCAGGCUUCAAGAACUGGAGACCAGAGCAGCCAGAUGACUGGUAUGGGCACGGGCUCGGAGGAGGUGAAGACUGUGCCCACUUCACCGAUGAUGGCCGCUGGAACGAUGAUGUCUGUCAGAGGCCCUACCGCUGGAUCUGCGAGACACAACGGGACAGGGGCAGCGAAAGCUAGCGGCCUCCUCUCCCCCUAAUUUAUUUCCUCAAUGCCUUUACCUGCCAUGGGGGUCCUAGUCUGGGCACCCUCCUAUCUGGGGGCUUCUGGAUUUUCAUCUAAGAUUUGAAGGGAAGGGGGAAGGGUGGUGUCUGAGGAAUGUAGACUGAUGUUUGGAGGGUCAAAGAGAUUGAAACCCAUGCCACUGUCUGUGGUUUGCAGAUUAUUAUUGUCAACUUUUUUUUUAGAGUGAAAAGAAGAGAAAUA